AUUUUUUUAUAGCCUAAGCCUGCUUUAAAACUCUCCACCACUUUAUCCCAGACCUGUCUGGUGUGUUGCUUGGACUUCACGAUGCUGUUCGCUCCCCAUUAUUCUCUCAACCAACCUCUGAGGCCGUCACAGAGCAGCUGUAUUUGUACUGAGAUUAGAUUACACACAGGUGGACUCUGUUCAGUCAUUGCCUAUCAGUUCCCUAUAAUGCCAAAGUAAUUCUGCUCUUAUGUUGGCUCUGAUUGGUUGUGCUUUAUUUGAUGGCACGGACUAAAUUGUUAAUACAUAUAUUUGGUGCAAUUGUGCAUAUCCUUGUGGAGGCAGACACAGUGUUGUGUUUGUCCUCUUAUUUUUUCCUAAACCAACAUUGCCGUUGUAAUUGAUAAAACAUAAAUGAAUAUAUAUAUAAGCGUGGUCAAACGUAAUGCGAGGUUGCGUCGUGUGUCAUUUGGUUACGUGUUUCCAGACGAGAAGGGCGUCGAAGCGCACGCCCCCCUUUUUUUUUUUUUACUGCGGUUUUUUUUAAACGCGGUACGCACCUCGAAGCCCGGCUCAGAUACUGCCGCAGUCCAGCUGUCCCAUCGCUACAUUUACCCGAAGCGUGCAAAAUGAAGCGAUGCGUUUAUUUCGUUAUGUGUCUCGCUGUGGAUUUUAACCUGCUUCCAAGAUCCUUUUCGAAGGACGCGCCGGCUCUUGGGUCCAGAAAUAGUCCGAGGCUUCUGAUCCCAGGAACACUCUGUGGUGAAUAUGAAGUUCUUCAGCACCACAAUGUGUUCUCAUACCAGGAGGAAGAACAGGUGCUUUAUGUUGGAGAGACAGACUCGGUUACAAAAAUUGAUGCAAAUACCAACCGCGUUAUAGAGAAAUAUCCAAUUCCAACAGUUGGAGAGCAUCAGUGCCCUGACGGUCCCUGCAAAAAUGAAAUCACUGUCAUUGAGAAGUUUCAGGGCGACCUGUUUGUAUGUGGAACAAAUGGACGCAGACCAAUGUGCUGGAAAGUUUUUCCCUCUGUGAUGAAUCAGACCUACGAGGUAGUGCAGAGUUACGAAGGAGUAGGCAUCUCUCCGUUAGUGCGCACACACAACUGUUUGUCGCUCACAGUGGAUGGGGAUUUAUACGCUGCAGCACCCUUGGACGCUGAUGGAAGUAAUUUGCAGUUCAGGAGAGAAGCUGGCAAGCGAACUAAUCUCUGGAUGUACGACAGCUGGCUAUCAGAGCCAACGUUCAUCUCUGCGUCCUGGGUGAAGCGGGAGAACGAUCCGGAGAACGAGAAAAUAUACGUCUUCUUCCGAGAAAAGAACUCUGACCACAGCCCAGACGCUGAUCCCUGGAUUUCUAGGGUGGCCAGAGUUUGUAAGACUGAUGUAGGUGGGUCAAAAAGAUUUUUCCAGAACAUGUGGACAUCCUUCCUCAAGGCCCGCCUCGUCUGUGGGUUUCCAGACGAAUCCCUCUACUUCAGUCGUCUCCAGGAUGUCUAUGUGAUGCAGGCGGAAGACUGGCACAACACGAGGGUCUACGCUCUUUUCACAAGCAGCUGGAACUCAACUGCGGUUUGCAUCUAUUCAAUAAAAAUGAUUGAGGAGGUAUUUGAAAAUUCAACUUUCAGAGGCUAUAAUAAAGAUAUCCCUACACCAAGGCCUGGAACAUGCGUGCCAAACAGCAAACUUCUGCCCCGGGCCGUUAUAAACGUGGUGAAGGAUCAUCCUGAAAUGGUUGCCUGGGUGCACUCCCUCCAUUACAACUCUCCUUUUUAUAUAAGCAACUACAAUUACACCAAGAUAGCUGUUGACCGGGUCCAAGCAGCAGAUCGGCAAAUGUACAAUGUUUUGCUCCUUGCUACUGAUACUGGCAAAAUCCAUAAGGUCCUAGAGGCUGGUACGGAGCCUUUCAUCAUAUCGGAAACACAGCUCUCCAGCAAAUCAACCAUCCAGGCAAUGAAGCUUGACUCUAAAAAGAAAAAGUUAGUGGUGGGUUUUUCUGAGAAAAUAUCCAUUGUGGAUCUUCAGCAAUGCAAAAAGUACAAGAACUCCUGCGCUGACUGUGUCCUGGCGCGGGACCCAUACUGUGCAUGGACCACAUCUGGAUGCACCCCUAAUAGCCUUGGUGGCAUUCAGAAUAUAAAGGAUGGGCACACAAGUGUAUGUUCUACUGCAGCAGAUGAGCUAAAGCAAGUGACCAGGUCCAAAAGGCAGUUGGAUUCGCUAACGAGUUCGAGGACAGUCCACUCAGUCCCCAGAGGUGUCCCCUUCUACCUGUCCUGUCCUAUACAUUCCUAUCACGCCAAGUACACCUGGGAGCAUGAAGGUCGUCACAUUCCUUGCCUGCAGAUGCAUUCAAACUGUCUGCACCUCAUUCCUUCCAUGGCAAGGGAAAAUUAUGGGAAGUAUGACUGCGUCUCCAGGGAGAAGGACUAUACCAAAACGUUGAAACAAUACCAGCUCAUGGAGCAGGAAGGUUCAGAUGAAAAGAAAGACAAUAAAGGCUUUUUUGAUCAUAAACUGAAUGAUGCACUACGGCUUGUUCCUCAGCUGAAGUGGAGUUUAAUACAAACUUUAGUUCUGUGGGAAAUCGUGAGAUAGUUUCUGCUAACAUUUUUAGACUUGCGCUCAUAGCUAUCGCCACAGUUGUAUUUAUUUAUUUUUUACUCUAGCCUACACCCUAAUAAGCGCCACAUCGGGUUAUUUAUGGCCUGUGGGCUCUUUAGUUAUAAAUUCAGCUCUUGCUUCUAAAAACCACUAAGCAUGAGGUAUACUGAAACUAUGGACUCAUUGGGUGUGUAGUUUAAAUGUGCCUGACUUGUGUGCGGAAGCGGUAUGGCUCUAGCUAACCUAACAUCAAAAUAGGCAAAGCUGAUCUUUGCCCGCUGUUUUGCCACCUGUACUGCUUUACCAUUUAUGGGGCUCACUCUGCUGUGGAGUGCAUGUCACAUUCCCUUCUAUCUUAAGGGCCUUUACAAGAGAUGACCUAAUGCAUUGUGCACAUAGAAAACACUAUGGAUCACUUUGGGGGACGUCGGUCUCUAUGUCUCAAGAGGUUAGUUAGUUCCGUUGUGUCGACGGAGAGGGGGAGGAUUGUGUAGCGCGUGGAGUGCUAGAUUAACAGACCGAACGGAGCUUCGUCUGAAAUGAAGCAGCACAAGAGGAGCUUAGCUAAAAGGCAAAUAAGGUCCUUUUGCUGGACCAUCUAUCACCUUCAGCUUGAGAUAUGGACGAUGACUAAAAUAACUACAUUCCAGAUGAACUGGCAGAGAUCAGCUACAUCCGAAGGGUGGCUUGGCUCAGCCUUAGAGGCCAGGGAAGGAGCCCCAUCCUCUGGUGGGAGCCCAGGUUAGGGGCACAGCUCAUCUGCAUCGAAAGAAGUCGCCUGAGGUUGUUUAGAUGUCUGGUGAGGAUGCCUGCUAGAGGCCUCUCUUUGGAGGUUUUCUGAGCGCUUCCCAUUGGGAGAAAGAUCUGUGAUGGACCCAGAACUCUUUGAAAGUACAAAAUAUCCCUUAUAGCCCAGGGACACUUUGCGAUCGGCCAGUAUGAGCUGGGGAGAAGGAUGUCUGGGUAUCCCAAAUGGACCUGCUACAAACAUGGCUUAAACAAACUGAGGGCAUUAGAUGAAUGGAUGGAGUUACCCAUUCACUAAAACAUGUAAAACUUAAUUAAUUGGCGAAGAGUUUGGGUGGUAUCCAAAGAGUACAUGUAAAUGUAUAAGAAGUAGCCGCUACCAGCUUCCAGAGAGAAAAGUAUGCCACGCAGAGCAGCAUAGUUUGCCUCGAUUGGGACAGAAAAGGUGCCUGUGUAAAGAUUUCAGAGUCCUGAAAGAGUACUGUAUAAAACUUAAUGUAACUGUAGUUUAUCUUGAAUAAUAAUAAUAAUAAUAAUAAUAAUAAUAAUAAUAAUUAAUAAUAAGAAUUAAUAAGAAUUAUUACUAAUAAUACAUUCAAUAUUUUCAGCUAGUCUAUUUUUGGAUCUCUGAAUUUUAUUUAUGAUGAGGUUCACGGCUCAUCAUUACCUAUGACAUCUUUCCAGAGAAAGAACGUUCUCUGUUUAGUUUUAUCUUUUGUUUGGACCAUAGGGAUGUAUCCAGCUAAAAACGUUUUAUAUUUUUGUGAAUUAUUUAUUUUCUUAAUUCUUUUUUAAUUAUUAUUUAUCCUUCAUUUUAAUUCUGAUAAAAUGUAUCCUCUGUAUUUAGCCCAUCCCUUAGGGAACAGUGGGCUGCCACUGUGCGGCAGCCUAUGGGCAUUCUGGGGCUAAGGGUCUUGCUCAUAAACACAGGGAGGUGUCUGUCCGUUGCAGCCUCUCCAAAAUGCAAUGCCCAUCUCUCUAACCAAUAGGUCACCAUAUUUAUUUAUAUUUAAUAUAAUAUAGUUAAUAAAUGUGGCAGUGGUGAAAAGUUCUAGUUGUUAGAAACCUAUGUUUUAAAGUGUUUGUAACUGUUAUGAAAUGUAAAAGGGAUUCUGGGUAAUCUUUAGAGCGAUGACUUUGAUGCUUUAUGAGGGAAAACAAUAAACGUACAUUUUUUACCCAUUUUUUUGGGGUGAAAUUCUUGCAUUCAUGCAAGUGGGGGGCGCACAGAAAACAUUUGAGAACCACUGGCCUAGUGUAUGUUAACUAUCUGGAGUUGGACUAGUGGGUGUCAGUUGCCCGGCCUUUCGAAAUUAACCAAUUUAAACAAAGCGUGUGCCAGUUCAAUUUGACAAUGAGAAACAGCCUUGCGUCAAAUAGGGUGAAAGUUGCCAACAAUGCUGUUUGGCAAGCAGUCGAAAUUGCAGCAAAAAGGAGGAGAUGGCUCAGCAAUGUGCAGAGUCAGGAUUUUUGAUCUAUAGGGCAAAUGUGGCUGAACAUGGAGCUGCAGGCAAGGAGGAAAAUGAGACCACAGAGACGGUUCAUGGAUGUAGUGAAAGAAGGUAUGCAGACGGUUGGUGCAGCAGAGGAGGGUGCUCGGGACAGGGUGAGAUGGGGUGAGUUCUUAAAGGGGAGAGUCCAACACGGUGUUGUUUUACAUUUAAAACACCAGCUGCGUUGGUGUUUUUGGCCUGUUGUCAUACAUGAGGUCAGGAAAGAAUCUGCAUGAAAUCAAAACCAUUUCAACACAGACGAAGCUCUUAGGAGUCAAACAUCCUUCAUGCUGAAAAGUUUUAGUUUGUAUUUUCUCCCAUUACAGGCUGUACCAAAGCUGGCCUUGGUAGGACUGUAGCCACCACAGCUAAGACUAUUUUAUCUUUAUCUGAGCUGAAACAUGUGAUGGAGAGAGAAAACUGCACACCCAGUCAUUUUAUUCAUUGAAGUGAGGGGAAAGAAAGGAAGUUACGAGAGCCGUUUAAUUCAAUCAAAUUUGCUGUAAUGGUUCCAAAAAAACUGAAUCAGUUUCAAGCCGAAACAGUUCAUCACCACUUGCGUGUGCCAAGACGUCCAUUGGAGUUCAUAAAAUAUGAAGUUCCCUAGUAGAUUUCCUCUCUGCCUCUUUCCUUUUUCAGGAUAAGAGGUUAUCUGUGUUAAGUGGAUCAGUAAGGGGUGGAGUCAUGAAGAGAACCUGACUGCUUUAACCUGCUUUCAUUGUAAUGAUUAAUGCUGGAGAACCCAAUAUUCAGCCGGACACAGAGCUAUGUUUUUAAAAGGCUUACUGUGAGGAUGAGUAGUGGCUGAUGACGCAGGCAAGCAGAACCAGACUUGAUAGAUGACUAACAGCUGAUGGAGGACCAGAAGAUGCAGGCAGGGUGAAUGGCAGAACCAAACUGACCAGGGGUUGCAGGCGGUAACGGGCUAAACCGAUGAUGAAGGCAGGGACGGACCAGAACAGGUGACGUGAACCAAGAAACCACCAGAACGGGCAGAGCAAGUGGCUGGAACUGACGGGGGAAACAGGCAGACUUGUGCAGAACGCAGACACAGGCGACUUUAUCGGAAGAGUCCAGCUGACUGGGCUCACAGGAAUUGGUAGAGGCGGGGCACAUCACAAGAGAUGAGAUGAGACAUUGUGUCAGGGAAGAGUUGGCUGAGGCAGGUGCAUGUGGACAGGGAAACAGGUGAGCAGAGUUGGAAGUAAUUACUGGCAGCAGGUGGAGUUGAUCUGGGCUAAUUGACUGAUGACUGAGCUGAUUGGAUAGUGGACGGAGGCUGAGAGGUGAUGGUGGGAUAGGAUAGUGGCAGACUGAAGUCCAGAAAAUAAACAUAGCUUCUAUUUGCACUUUAAAACUCGUUCACUCAAGCUUUCUGCGAGUUGCUUUUACGUAGUACAAUUGCAGCAUUGCACUAUAUUAUUGUGUUGUACUAAACUAUAUUCUACUUGUUUCUGUUACAAUUUUCACGUAGAAAAGCAAUAACCUUUUGUGAAACGAUGAAAAAGCAAUAAGUUCCCUGGAAAAAAUAUGAAUUUUCGAUAGUCGUGUAUACUCUGGAUAGCAAUAUUUAGCAAUGUUUAGAUAAAAGGCAGCCCCACUGUUAAGAGACACAGCUGUCGAUUGUGGAAUAAACCAAAGAGCAGGGCUGGGUACCCUUCACAUAUGAACCGAUACCCGGUACCUGGGAAUCGGUACCUAUUUUCUGUACUUCUGUGUGUGUUUAUGUGGUAAUAAAUUAGUUUAACAUUAAAAUAUCAAAAUUA